UGGCCAGAAGGUCCAGGUCACAUAGAUGGAGGAGAAAUAUUCCAGAAGGGAGGAGGGAAGAGACGAGGUUCUAGACCCAUAAGUACAGGACAAAGAAAAGAAUGGGAUCUGCCAGUCAGAGGAAAAGUCAUCUUACCUCACAUUCCUCCUCCCUGGGCUUCAGGUCCUUCACGGAAUGUGAGACUCAAGUCAGAAAGAAGAUGGUUUAAAAAAAAAUUCGACGAAUGAAAUCUUGAAAGGAGCAAUAAAGAUCUAUAUGGAUGUGAAUAAUAAUUUUGCUCUUAUGGCUUCUACUACUGUCAUUCUCUCACUUUCUUUCCUCUUCCUAUACAGAAGAAUGAUGCUGGAUCUUCUGGGACUCUUUCCUCUCAUCCUGUUGCUGCUGGGAUCAUGGGGGCCAGUGCAACCACUUGGUGCUUGGCCUCCACGCCCCACCGGGGCUCAGAAGUUUGAAAUAUCACAUAUAAGAUCAGGUCCUGUCCAAUGCCACAAGGAAAUGCCUCGUGUCAAUAGUCUUAAAGGCAAAUGUAAGGGUGAAAACACCUUUCUGCACGACUCCUUCCAGAGGGUGGCUGCUACCUGUCUUUUGCCCAACAGGAUCUGCAGGAAUGGCUGGAAUAACUGCCAUCAGAGUACAAAUCCUAUUGGCAUGACUUACUGCUAUCACACUGGAGGGACAUAUCCCAACUGCCGCUACAGUACCACUCCCCAGUACCAACUCUAUACUGUUGCCUGUAACCCCCCUCAGCCAGGCGACCCUCCCUAUCCUCUGGUUCCUGUGCACUUAGAUUAAGACUAAGGUUUCUGUGACUUUCCCUAUCACUUGGUGCAGGUUCUCUUAUUCUUUUUCUUUCCUUUUGUUGAUUUCCAUGUUUCCCUUAGAGAAAGAAGGAGUGGGUGCCUGGGUUCCUCAGUGGGUUAAGUGUCUGCCUUCGACUGGGGUCAUUGUCCCAGAGUUCUGGAAUCCAGUCCCAUGUCAGGUUCCCUUCUCGGUGGGGAGUUGUCUUCUUCCUCUGCUCCACACCCUGCUUGUGCUCUCUCUCAUAUAAAUAAAUAAAUCUUUAAAAAAAGAAGAAAAAAGGAGGGGAGUUGGAGAAUUACAGGGCCACGAGGCAAUACCACAGUUGGGGACAAAAACAAACAGGAUUCUUUUCUGCUUUGGAGCUUUGUGUGUUUCAAUGGAAGGCAAAGGAAGAAGGCAAAGGAAGACCCAGGCCUCAUAUUUGAAUCUUGGAACUUCUGCCAAGCUUUGUUGCAUUGUGUUCACAGCAAUAAAAUCACUUUCUGUUGCAUUGUAA